GUACUUUUAGCUUCCCCCAUUCUGCAAAGCCACUCAACCAUGUGCUAGCUGGAGUAAUCUUUAUUCACGAUGUCUUUACAAAGGCUCAUGCAACAGAGAAGCAAUGGCAAUUUGUUGGACUACUGCGCUGGUCCAGUGUAUAGCUCUUACCCCACACUCACAGGCAGCCUUACAAUGGACGAUAACAGGAGGAUUCAAAUGCUGGCAGACACCGUGGCUACUUUGCCCCGGGGACGAAAGCAGCUUGCUUUGACCAGAUCAAGUUCUUUAAGUGACUUUUCCUGGUCUCAAAGAAAGCUUGUUACUGUGGAAAAGCAGGAUAAUGGAACAUUUGGAUUUGAAAUUCAGACUUACAGGCUCCAGAACCAGAACACCUGCUCCUCAGAAAUGUGCACUUUGAUCUGCAAGGUAGAAGAAGACAGCCCGGCUCACUGUGCCGGCCUGCAAGCUGGUGAUGUCCUUGCAAAUAUCAAUGGCGUGAGCACAGAAGGUUUUACUCACAAACAAGUGGUUGACCUGAUCAGAUCGUCAGGAAACCUGCUAACGAUAGAGACUCUUAAUGGAACAACUAUUCUCAAAAGAACAGAGCUUGAAGCAAAGCUGCAGGUUUUAAAGCAAACUUUGAAGGAAAAAUGGGUGGAGUACAGAUCUCUGCAGUUACAGGAACAGCGCCUGCUUCAUGGUGAUGCAGCUAACUCCCCAAGCUUGGAAAACAUGGACACGGAUGAUUUGUCCUUGUUUGGAACCCUGCCUGGGCCAGCCCCAGCCCUUAUGGACCGGAAUCGACUGUCCAGUGAGAGCAGCUGUAAGAGCUGGCUGAGCUCCAUGACAAUGGACAGUGAGGAUGGCUACCAGACGUCGGUGUCCGAGGACUGGAGCAAGGGCACCUUCAGCCGGCAAACAAGCACAGACGACGAGUGCUUUGUCCCCAAGGAUGGGGAAGACUUUCUGAGGAGGUCUUCUUCGAGCAGAAACCGCAGCAUCAGUACCACCAGCAGUGGGUCCAUGUCCCCCUUGUGGGAGAGCAACUUCUCAAGCAUGUUUGGGACCCUGCCCCGAAAGAGCAAAAGGGGAAGCGUCCGGAAGCAACUGUUGAAAUUCAUUCCUGGUCUUCAUCGUGCCGUGGAAGAGGAAGAGAGUUGCUUUUGACGGGUUAUGGUGCCUUUCGGAUUAGCUCAUUUCACAAAUGUCUCUAGAAUUGUGUAGGUCAACUCCACUUAGCUUGGUGGGAAAGUGCGCAGGAAUUGUGAAACUGACAUCCUAUUUCACAGCAACAGUGACCUUUAUUUAAACUUUUAUAACAUUGUUUUUGCUUCUUAAAUCAUUUUUCAAUCAGAACAGCUCAAGUACUAAACGGACAUUAGGGAAAUUAAGUAACAAGUUGGAUAAUAUAACUAAUUCAAGUGCCUGCUCAUUCUAAUGCUGCCUGUGAAUGCAAAAAUAGUAUUUAUUUUCUAGAUUAUCCAUGUUAAAAAUUGAGAACUUUUUGGAGUCAAGUGUGAAUAAGGGAAUGACAGACUACCAUAAUCUAGACUACCUCCCAUAGGUUAAUUGGUAGGUUACAAAACCGUAGCCUGCGGGGAGGCUUAAUAAUAGACAAUAUUGAAUGUUACUGUUCAGAUCUAUGAAGUGUUAUAAACAAAGAUGACCACUUUUUCUCCUGUCCACAGUGAAAAUAAAGCAGAAAGCGUAAGAGUUAAUGUGAGAGGUUAAGCUUCCCGAGAACCAUGGAAAGAUGUGGGCUGAGAUGGGUGCUGAAGGAGAUUAUAAGGUCUUUUUUAUAAGCAGUCUAAACAAAAUGGGAGGGAAUCUCAUUCUUCUUGCCUGAUUCAACUUUUAUAUUGCCUGAACAUUGAUGAAAAGUCUAGAACUCUCAGGAUUCUACAGCUUUGUGAUUAUUUUUGCUACAAAUGUCUAAAACUCAAAAAGUGAGAGCCAGGAAAGUAUUCUCUUCCUGUAGAUCUUUUUUUCACAUUGCUCCUCACUUUGUAUUAUAUAUCCUGAAUAGUUAUCACCGCAGCAUUCUUUUGCCCAUUAGUUAGG